UAAAAUAUGAAAAUGGUGGAUGUGUGGCGAUCGGUUUGAGGCUUGUUAAAAGUGUUUGUUUUCUUCAAUUUACUGAGAGUUUAAUAAUCAUUCAGAAACCAUGGCUGAUGCUGCGGCCAGGCAGCUUCAGUACGAGUACAAAGCGAAUUCCAAUUUGGUGUUACAAGCUGAUGUCCGUCUGAUAGAAAGGAGAAGUCGCGAUGAGGCCACUGGUGAGGUUAUCUCCCUUGUGGGCAAACUGUCCGGCACCAAAAUGGGUGACAGGGCACAGAGAAGUAGGCCAGGCAAAGCGGAGGAACGUAAAGUCAAGCGACAGAAGAGAGAUGAGGCCCAGUACGAUUUCACCAGGAUGAAGGGAGCCACUCUGUUGUCUGAGGGUGUGGAUGAGAUGGUUGGAAUUAUUUACAGACCGAAAACUCAGGAGACAAGGCAAACCUAUGAAGUGCUGUUGAGCUUCUUGCAGGAAGCUCUCGGAGAUCAGCCAAGAGAUAUAUUGUGUGGAGCUGCCGACGAGGUCUUGACGGUUCUGAAAAAUGAUCGUCUGAAGGAGAAAGAGAAGAAGAAGGAGGCAGAAACGUUGAUCGGUCCAAUCGCCGAGGAGAGGUUCGCGCUGCUGGUGAAUCUCGGCAAGAAAAUCACCGAUUUCGGAAACGAGGAGAACAAAGCGACGACCAACGAAGAGCAAAUCGAUGAGACGUACGGUAUAAACGUGCAGUUCGAAGAAUCCGAAGAGGAGGACGAUGAGGAUAUGUACGGUGAGAUCAGAGAGGAGAUGGACGAUGACGAGGGGGAGGAGGCCAGAGAGGAUGGAGCCAUCCACGCCGAAAACUUGGGCGGAGUCGAGAACGAGAUGAAGAAGGAGAAGGCUUUGCAUCCUCUGGAUAUAGAUGCUUAUUGGCUGCAAAGGCGAUUAUCGAAGAUUUACGAUGAUGCCAUGAUGUCGCAGGCGAGGGCCGCCGAAGUGCUGAACGUGUUGCGCGACGCAAACGAUGAUCGUGAGUGCGAAAACCAAUUGGUUCUAUUGUUGGGUUACGAUUGUUUCGAUUUCAUAAAGCAGUUGAAGAAGUAUCGUCAGAUGAUCCUGUACUGCACGAUGCUGGCGAAAUCGCAAAGCGAGACGGAACGUUCGAAGAUCCGCGAGAAGAUGAGCGAAGACCCCUCGCUGUCGAGGAUACUUAAAGUGUUGGAUACUGGUAAAGGCGAUGAUGAUGAUGACGACGAUUCGAACGUGCGUUCGUCAACACGUAAGAACCAAGACAAGAAUUCCGAUAACGCUGGUGGACAAAUCACCGGCUCGAGACAGCUGAUCGAUUUCGAAGAUCUGGUCUUUAAUCAGGGCUCGCAUUUCAUGGCGAAUAAGAGAUGCCAGUUGCCGGGCGGGUCAUUCAGGAAGCAGAGGAAAGGCUACGAGGAAGUGCACGUGCCGGCCUUAAAACCGAAACCGUUCAACGAUAACGAGAAGUUGAAGCCCGUGGAUGAGCUUCCCAAGUACGUGCAACCAGUUUUCGAUGGGUUCCGCACUCUGAACAGAAUCCAAAGCAGGCUGUACAAAACGGCGUUGGAAUCCGACGAGAAUUUACUGCUGUGCGCCCCAACUGGUGCAGGUAAAACCAACGUUGCACUGUUGACGAUGAUGCGCGAAAUCGGGAAGCACAUCAACGACGAUGGAACCAUUAACGCGGACGACUUCAAAAUAAUCUACGUCGCUCCCAUGCGAUCCUUGGUACAGGAAAUGGUGGGUAAUUUCGGUAAGAGAUUAGCCAAUUACAAUUUGACCGUGUCCGAGUUGACUGGAGAUCAUCAACUGACCAGAGAGCAGAUUGCCGCCACGCAAAUCAUCGUUUGCACGCCGGAGAAAUGGGACAUCAUUACGCGCAAAGGCGGAGAGAAGACUUUCACGUCCUUGGUGAGAUUGAUUAUUAUUGAUGAAAUUCAUCUUUUGCACGACGAAAGAGGUCCUGUAUUGGAGGCUCUCGUUGCCAGAACCAUUAGGAUGAUUGAAUCCACGCAGGAAGAUGUUAGAUUGGUGGGAUUGUCAGCUACAUUGCCCAAUUACCAAGACGUCGCCACGUUCUUGCGUAUUAAGCCUGAGACUGGUCUGUUUUACUUCGAUAACAGUUUUAGGCCUGUGGCGCUGGAGCAGCAGUACAUUGGGGUGACCGAGAAGAAAGCUUUGAAGAGGUAUCAAGUUAUGAACGAGAUCGUUUAUGAGAAGACGAUGGAACAUGCAGGAAGGAAUCAGGUGUUGAUUUUCGUGCAUUCGCGCAAGGAGACCGGGAAAACGGCGCGCGCUAUUAGAGAUAUGUGCUUGGAAAAGGACACGCUGGGGCAGUUCCUUAAAGAGGGUUCAGCAUCCAUGGAAGUGUUGCGUACCGAAGCGGAGCAGGUGAAGAAUCAAGAGUUGAAAGAUCUGUUGCCGUAUGGUUUCGCCAUCCAUCACGCCGGAAUGACGCGUGUGGACAGGACGCUGGUGGAGGAUUUGUUCGCUGAUAGGCACAUCCAAGUUCUGGUGUCUACAGCCACCCUUGCGUGGGGUGUUAAUUUACCUGCUCAUACUGUGAUCAUCAAGGGAACGCAGAUCUACAACCCAGAGAAAGGCAGAUGGGUCGAGCUGGGCGCACUCGACGUGCUCCAAAUGUUGGGCAGAGCCGGUCGUCCGCAGUACGAUACCAAAGGUGAGGGCAUCUUAAUUACCAAUCACAGUGAGCUGCAGUAUUACCUGUCGCUGCUAAACCAGCAGCUACCAAUUGAAUCGCAGAUGAUCACCAAACUGCCGGACAUGCUGAAUGCGGAGAUCAUUCUCGGCACCGUGCAGAACGUCAAAGACGCGGUAAAUUGGCUCGCAUACACUUAUCUGUACGUACGUAUGCUGAGGCAGCCCACCUUGUACGGAAUAUCUCACGAUCAGCUGAAAUCCGAUAGUUUAUUGGAGCAGCAUUGCGGCGAUAUCAUCCAUACGGCUGCAUUGAUCUUGGACAGGAGCGGCCUCAUCAAGUACGACAGAAAGACCGGGCUAUUCCAGGUAACUGAAAUCGGCAGGAUAGCAUCGCAUUACUACUGCACGCACGAGACUAUGGCCACCUACAAUCAACUGCUGAAGCCGAUGUUGAGCGAGAUCGAGCUGUUCCGUGUGUUCUCGCUAUCCGGUGAGUUCAGGAACAUCGCCGUGAGAGAGGAGGAGAAAAUGGAGUUGCAGAAGUUGAUGGAACGCGUGCCGAUUCCUAUCAAGGAGAGCAUCGAAGAGCCCAGCGCCAAAGUCAACGUCCUCCUUCAAGCCUACAUUUCCCAGCUGAAGCUCGAAGGAUUCGCCCUGAUGUCCGACAUGGUGUACGUAACGCAAUCGGCAUCUCGUCUGAUGCGCGCCAUAUUCGAGAUUGUGCUGCAUCGGGGUUGGGCUCAACUCACCGACAAAACCCUGGCGCUCUGCAAGAUGAUCGAUAAGCGCAUGUGGCAAUCCAUGUCACCUCUGAGACAGUUCAGAAAGAUGCCCGAGGAAAUCGUCAAGAAGAUCGAAAAGAAGAACUUCCCGUGGGAGCGACUCUACGACAUCGGCCCCAACGAAAUUGGUGAGCUGAUCCGUGUCCCCAAGUUGGGCAAAACCAUACACAAGUACGUGCAUCAGUUCCCCAAGUUGGAGUUGUCCACGCACAUCCAGCCCAUCACCAGAUCCACCCUGCGUGUUGAAUUAACCAUCACACCCGAUUUCCAAUGGGAUGAAAAGCUGCACGGAGCCUCCGAAGGCUUCUGGAUUUUAGUCGAGGAUGUCGACAGCGAAGUCAUCCUACACAACGAGUACUUCUUGCUCAAAUCGAAGUUCGCCAACGACGAGCAUUUGGUCAAAUUCUUCGUGCCGAUUUUCGAGCCUCUACCACCGCAGUACUUCCUGCGCGUCGUCUCCGACAGAUGGAUCGGGGCUGAGACUCAGUUGCCCGUUUCGUUCAGGCAUCUGAUCUUGCCAGAGAAGAACUUCCCGCACACCGAAUUGCUCGAUCUGCAGCCGCUGCCGAUCACGGCGUUGAGGAACGCUUGCUACGAGUCUCUGUACAACGGGAAAUUCCCGCAAUUCAAUCCGAUACAGACGCAAGUCUUCAAUGCAGUCUACAACAGCGAUGACAACGUGUUCGUGGGCGCUCCCACCGGUUCGGGCAAGACGACGAUCGCUGAAUUUGCAGUGCUGCGAUUGUUCCAAGUGAAUCCGGAAGGAAAGUGCGUGUAUCUGGUACCUAAAGAAGCAUUGGCCGAAUUAGUCUUCACCGAGUGGCACAAUAAGUUCGGGCAGUUGCUUGGCAAGAAAGUGGUCCUGCUGACUGGCGAGACCGGCACCGAUUUGAAGCUGCUGGCCAAAGGGCAGAUCGUAGUUACGACGGCGGAGAAAUGGGAUGUGCUGUCCAGGCGUUGGAAGCAGAGGAAGAACGUGCAGAACGUCAACCUGUUCAUCGUAGAUGAGUUGCACCUGAUCGGAGGCGAGGAUGGACCUGUAAUCGAGGUGGUCUGCUCGAGGAUGAGGUAUAUCAGUUCGCAGAUCGAAAAACCAAUUAGGAUAGUGGCACUCUCCGCUUCUUUGACCGAUUACAAGGAUGUGGCGCAGUGGCUGGGGUGCAACGCGAAUUGCACCUUCAAUUUCCAGCCGAGCGUGAGGCCUAUCCCGCUGGAGUUGCACGUGCAAGGUAUCAACAUCACCCACAAUGCGUCCAGAUUGAUCGCGAUGUCAAAGCCAGUCUACAAUGCCAUCAUCAGGCACAGCUCGCACAAACCUGUAAUUAUUUUCGUUCCGACGAGGAAGCAGGCCCGAUUGACCGCCAUCGACCUGCUGACGUACGCCGCGGCUGAGAAUCAGCCCAACCGAUUCUUCCACGCCGAGGAGGAGGAUAUCAAACCCUUCCUGGACAGGAUGACGGAUAAAACGCUGAAGGAAACUCUGUCGCAGGGAGUCGCUUACAUGCACGAAGGUUUAACACCGAGCGAUCAUCGUUUGGUCGAACAGCUGUUUGAUUCCGGUGCGGUCCAAGUGGCCGUCGUCACCAGAGAUUUAUGCUGGGGCGUCAACAUUUUCGCCCAUCUGGUAAUUAUAAUGGACACUCAAUUCUACAACGGAAAGGUGCACGCUUACGAAGAUUACCCUGUCAACGAUGUCCUGCAAAUGGUUGGAAGGGCGAAUCGACCAUUGGACGAUGACGACGCUAAAUGCGUUCUGAUGUGUCAAAGCUCCAAGAAGGAUUUCUUCAAGAAGUUCUUGAACGAUUCGCUCCCCGUCGAGAGCCAUUUGGAUCACAGGAUGCACGAUCACUUCAACGCAGAGAUCGUCACCAAGACGAUCGAGAACAAACAGGAUGCAGUGGAUUACCUCACCUGGACCUUCCUGUAUCGCAGGUUAACGCAGAAUCCCAAUUAUUAUAAUUUGCAAGGUGUCACGCACAGACACUUAUCCGAUCAUUUGUCUGAGCUGGUGGAGAACACUUUAUCAGAUUUGGAGCAAUCCAAGUGUAUUAGCAUCGAGGAGGAGAUGGACUGUUUACCGUUGAAUUUGGGUAUGAUCGCUGCCUAUUAUUAUAUUAAUUACACGACGAUAGAGAUGUUCAGUUUGUCGCUGAGCAGCAAGACCAAGAUCAGAGGGUUGAUUGAAAUUAUAUCGUCCGCGGCGGAGUACGAAGAUGUGCCGGUGCGGCAUCACGAAGAUAACCUGCUGAGGACGCUGUCGCAGCGUCUACCGAACAAGUUGAAUUCGUCAGCCGGUCCACCCAAAUACAACGAUCCCCAUAACAAGACCAAUUUGCUGCUGCAGGCGCAUCUUUGUCGUCUCCAGUUGGGAGCCGAACUCCAAGGCGAUACAGAAGUGAUUUUGGCAAAGGCCAUCAGAUUGAUUCAAGCCUGCGUCGACGUGCUCAGUUCGAACGGCUGGUUGAGUCCCGCCGUCGCCGCCAUGGAACUCGCGCAGAUGGUAACGCAAGCUAUGUGGAGCAAGGAUUCCUAUCUGAAGCAAUUACCGCACUUUGGUAACGACAUCAUCAAACGGUGCACCGAGAAGAACGUGGACACUGUGUUCGACAUCAUGGAAUUGGAGGACGAGGAUCGCUCCAAGCUGCUGCAAUUGAGCGACGCGCAGAUGGCCGACGUCGCCAAGUUCUGUAAUCGUUACCCGAACAUCGAGAUGAGCUACGAGGUGCUGGACAAGGAGAAGAUCCAUUCCGGCUCGUCGGUGCACGUUGCUGUGCAGCUGGAGCGAGAGGACGAAGUAACCGGCCCGGUGAUCGCACCGUUCUUCCCUCAGAAACGUGAGGAGGGUUGGUGGGUCGUGAUCGGGGAUCCGAAAAGCAACUCGCUGCUGUCCAUCAAACGGCUGACUCUGCAACAGAAGGCCAGGGUCAAGCUGGACUUCGUCGCCCCGAGCCCCGGACACCAUAAUUACACGCUGUACUUCAUGAGCGAUGCCUAUCUCGGAUGCGACCAGGAGUACAAGUUCACCAUCGAUGUGGGAGAUUUCGAGUCCAGCGAGAGCGAAUCCGAAUGAUAGCCAGCCAACAGUAGAAGACCGCCCAGCCGUCUACUUACAUUAUUACUUCAGUUUAUUUUUCAUUUUCUUUUUGAUACUUACAUAUAUAAAUGCAGGAUUAAGUUAACAGAACACGACACAUAAUAAAUAUUUAGUUUAAUUGUA